AUGGGUGCUGCAUUCGACCCAUUCCAAACUCUCUCCGCACUGUUCCUCAUCUUCACCACCAUCCUUACUCUCCUCACCCCUUUCAUCCUUGGCGAUGACACUGCCACCACGUCACCACCGCCGGACCUCUUCGCGGACCACUACGUCAAGCCCUUCAAGUCCAACACCAACGUCCUCGUGGGCGCGUUGACCACCACCUUCUCCCUCACCCUCCUAUUCCUCCUCUACAUCAAGCACUGCAACGAUGCCAGAGACUACAGUGCCUCCGUCACCGACUCCGACCCCUCGCGCGGGAGCAAAAACUCUGGCGUUAACCAUGCCCUUCUGGAGUCGUUACCGGUUUUUCAGUUUGGGUCGUUGAAGGGGCAGCACAGUCUCGACUGCGCCGUUUGUCUCGCCGUAUUCGAGGACUCCGAGGUUCUAAGGUUGUUGCCCAAGUGUAGGCACGCAUUCCACGUGGAGUGCGUGGACGUGUGGCUCCACGCACACUCCACGUGUCCGCUCUGUCGUUACAAGGUUGAACCCGACGAGGAAGGCGCGAAGGCGAAAUCUUCGGAGGAAGAAUCGAACAUACGGGACCGAAACGACGCCGCGUGGCGAGGAGAAAACGAGAACGCUGAAAUGGCGUCGUUGGACAGUGCGGAACGCGGGUUGCAGCACCGUUUUGAUGGGGUCCAGCAGCGGUGGAGCGAUUUUGAGGGGCGUGAAGAGUUGCGAUUGACUUCGGAAACGGUCACGUGGGAGGCACGUGGAAAGGGACUUAGAAGGAGUCAUAGUAGUAGUGAUGUUGUUGGUGAGGUCAUGGAAAGGAGAGAGUAA